CAUCGUUCCCGUUCCCGUUCCCGUUCGGCUCGUCGUGUUUUUCCCGUGUAGCACGCGGACCCUCUCGGGACGACCCGCUUCCCCGGCUGGUUCCCCGUCGGCCUUGGUGAUGUCUGUGCGCGGGCUCCGACCUGGAGCCUUGUUUUGUGCCGGGGUGUUCGGUGAUUGAGGAUUCUUUCCAGUUUUUCGCGAACGAUGGACGCUCUCGCGCCGCGAAUCGCAGUGGCCUCCUCGUAAUACUCCGUUUCGUAUACCGAUACACCGGAUCCACCGCGACAAGGUUAGGACGACUAUGGAGGCCGGCGAGCCGUCGGGACGCCUCACCGUCGAAGACCUGUCCGACUGCAGGAGCGAGUCCAGCCAUUCCGAGUCGCAGCUCAGAGCCUUCCAGGACUACGAAAGGGUGAAGGAGCUGAAUCUGUCGGUGGAGAAAUCGAAGGAGGAGAACCCGGAGCCGAAGGACUUUCACCUGGGCCUGGACCCGGCGAGAAUCCAGUUCGAGGACUUCGAGAACGCUGCUAGAAAUCUGCCGAUGACGCUGAACAAAGGCUACGUCGCCGGCGGCCUGAACGAGAUGGCUUAUCCUCUGGAUAGAUCGAACGAGAACGAAGAAUCGUUGGACACCUCGAGCCUGUGCAGAUCGAAGAACCCGUCGGCCAAGGAUCUUCUGUUCAAUCUACGGGAAGGCAGACAGAAGAACGCCCACGCUGCUCUGUCGCUCGAUAGGUACGGCAAGGAUUUGAACUUCGCGGUCUCCGAGAAGGACAUCAAGGAUUUCGGGCUUCUGAAGAAUUACAGCCUGGACCGGAUGAAGGAGUUCAAUCUGUCGCUGGACAGGAUGAGGGACAGUCACAUCGGGAAUUUCGCGCUGGAGAGACUCCGCGGCGGUGCCGGCUUGCUGGAGAAUCCUCCUAUGCUCGAGCACAACGAGUACAAGAAUAUCCAGGCUCAGCCGAGGAAUCAGAAUAUAGAGGCCAUCGCGUUGGAGCGAAUGAGACGAUCCCAUUUGAUGGGCACCGAUCUGACCGCUCAGAAUUUGUCCUCGCAGCUGUCCCAUCCGCACUCCAUCACGCAGAUGCAGCACUCGCAGCAACAACAGCAACAACAGGCGAAAUCGUUCACUAUCGACGCUAUCUUGGGCCUGAGGAACAAUCCCAGGGAGAAACGGGGACAGCAGCAACAGUACAAGAAGCAUCAAGGCCAGGAAGGCGGCGCGAAGAACGGAAACUCGAGCUCCUGUUCAGGCGGCGGCGGGAAGCUGAAGAGGGUGCGGACGAUCUUCACGGCGGAGCAGCUGGAGCGGCUGGAGGGUGAAUUCGCGCGGCAACAGUACAUGGUCGGCCCUGAAAGACUGUACCUGGCACACGCGCUCAGGCUGACCGAGGCCCAGGUGAAGGUCUGGUUCCAGAACCGUCGGAUCAAGUGGCGGAAACACCAUCACGAGCAGCAGAGUCAACGGGUGCACGAGUUCCAGCGCACGCUGAACUCGUCGUUGGAGCACGAGGACAGCAACGAGACCGACAAAUGGUGAAAGGAGCCGGUGCUUCCCGACC